AUGACCCAGAUCCUCGUCGGCCUGGGCACCUGCAUAUUCACCGUCUGCGGCCAGCUCGCCAUCAUGGCGCCCGUGACGCACCAGGAGAUCGCCGUAGUCAUGGCAAUCUGGGGGCUAUUCGGUUCCAUCGGUGCGGCCGUCGGGUUUGCCAUCGCCGGUGGCAUGUGGAAUAAUAUCCUCCCCGGCGAACUGUACAGCAGACUCCCCGAGGAGAGUAAGAAUAUCAGUCGCACGAUCUUUAGUGAUAUGGUCAUGCAGAUGUCGUAUGCGGAUGGCUCGCCGGAGAGGGAGGCGAUUGUGGGAGCGUAUGCGGAUGUCCAGAGGAAGAUGGUGAUUGCGGGGGUGUGUUUUGUGCCGCUUUGUAUUGGGUGUGUUUGGGUCUGGAGGAAUAUUAACGUGAAGAAGUUGGACAGGGAGCAGACUAGGGGGAAUGUUUGGUAG